UGGGUUUGGUUGUAGCCUUCAGUGAUCCGCCGGGUAUGUUUGAAUCGAAAAUGAAAAGAGCCGACUUGUGUUCUGAUGAGUUGGAUUGUUUCGUUCUGAGUCGAUAACAAUUGAGACACGUCUCCCUGGCAACCGCAGCUUCUGCGAUUUCCACGGUGUUCGUUUAGAACGUUUAACUUGGUGCCAGUUUUAAACUUUCUCUUUGCGCUGGAUUGCGUCCUUAAGGCAUGGAUGUCUCGACGUAUUUAUGGUUUUUGUCGCUUUGCACGUGUCUGGCGCACGGGAAACCCACUCUCAGGAAAGAAAGAGUUCAUCACGAGCCUGAACUGAGCAGACAACCCCACGAAGAUAACCAGAGCUAUCAGUACGACCACGAGGCCUUUCUGGGCAAAGAGGAGGCCACCACAUUUGAUCAGCUCACCCCGGAGGAAAGCAAAGCUAGAUUAGGGAAGAUAGUUGAUCGUAUUGACAGCGACGUUGAUGGCUAUAUCACCACUGAUGAACUCAAGGCCUGGAUCAAGAGAGUACAGAAGCGUUACGUCUAUGAGAACGUCGCAAAGGUCUGGUCUGACUACGACCUGAACAAAGACAACAAGAUCUCGUGGGAUGAAUACAAGCAAGCAACGUACGGUUACUACCUCGCCAAUCCAGAAGAGUUUGAAGAUGCAACAGAUCAGUUCAGCUUCAAGAAGAUGCUUCCGCGAGAUGAACGUAGGUUUAAGGCUGCAGAUCUCAACGGCGAUUUAGCUGCAGAUCGAGAGGAGUUCACUGCUUUCCUCCAUCCAGAAGAGUUUGAGCACAUGCAGGAAAUUGUAGUUCUUGAAACUCUGGAGGACAUUGACAAGAAUGGAGAUGGUCAUGUAGAUGAGGAUGAAUACAUUGCGGACAUGUUUGCGCAUGAAGAUGGCGGCCCAGAGCCAGACUGGGUUAGAACCGAGAGAGACCAGUUUUCAGAUUUCAGAGAUCUGAAUAAAGACGGGAAGAUGGACUUAGAAGAGAUUCGUCACUGGAUCCUGCCGCAGGACUAUGACCACGCGCAGGCAGAGGCUCGGCAUCUGGUGUACGAGUCGGACACAGACAAGGACCAGAUGCUGACCAAAGAAGAGAUUCUUGAGAACUGGAACAUGUUUGUAGGCAGCCAGGCCACCAACUAUGGCGAAGACCUUACUAGGAACCAUGAUGAGCUAUGAACCCGAGCGAAGGGUGUGGAACCCUCCCUGAGGACGCAGGUACUGAACUGAGAACUGAACCUCCGUGGCAUCCAUGAAGCCAUGCCAGUGACUGACGAACUGACUGAUGUACUGCAGCUCUACCUCACAGACUGGACAUAGAGGAAUCACUGACUGAUGGCUGUAGUCCCUAAUGCACACUUA